UCGCCCCCAUGAUGGGCUCGGUGCUGCCCGCCGAAGCCCUGGUGCUGAAGCCCGGCCUGAAGCCGCAGGGGCUCUCCCUGGCCGAGGUGAUCACGUCCGACAUCCUGCACAGCUUCCUCUACGGCCGCUGGAGGAACGUGCUGGGCGAGCAGCUCUUCGAGGAGAAGAGCAGCCCCAAGACCGCCUUCACGGCCGAAGUGCUGGCGCAGUCCUUCUCCGGAGAGGUGCAGAAGCUCUCCAGCCUGGUGCUGCCGUCGGAAGUGAUCAUUGCGCAGAGCUCCAUCCCCGGGGAAGGGCUCGGCAUCUUCUCCAAGACGUGGAUCAAGGCCGGCACCGAGAUGGGGCCGUUCACGGGCAGGGUGAUCUCGCCGGAGCACGUGGACCUGUGCAAGAACAACAACCUGAUGUGGGAGGUCUUCAACGAGGACGGCACGGUGCGGUACUUCAUUGAUGCCAGCCAGGAGGACCACCGCAGCUGGAUGACCUACAUCAAAUGUGCCCGCAACGAGCAGGAGCAGAACCUGGAGGUGGUGCAGAUCGGGAACAGCAUCUUCUACAAAGCCAUUGAGAUGAUUCCUCCGGAUCAAGAGCUGCUGGUCUGGUAUGGGAACUCGCACAACACCUUCCUGGGCAUCCCAGGUGUCCCGGGGCUGGAAGAGGAACAGAAGAAAAACAAACAUGAGGACUUCCACGCAGUGGAGACGGGAGCCAGCACCACGGGACGCAUGCGCUGCGUCAUCUGCCACCGCGGCUUCAACUCCCGCAGCAACCUGCGCUCCCACAUGCGCAUCCACACCCUGGACAAGCCCUUCGUGUGCCGCUUCUGCAACCGUCGCUUCAGCCAGUCCUCCACCCUCCGCAACCACGUCCGCUUGCACACCGGUGAGCGGCCCUACAAGUGCCAGGUUUGCCAAAGUGCCUACUCCCAGCUUGCCGGGCUGCGGGCACACCAGAAAAGCGCCCGUCAUCGGCCCCCCAACGCCUCCCUGCAGGCUCACUCGCCCGCCCUGCCCGUUCCCCAUCCCGCCUCCCUGGCCCAUCACAUCCCCACCAUGGUGCUGUGAGCCCUGGAAUGACAGCAGCACGCUUCUGGAUGGCCGCUGCCUGCAGGCAAGGACUGGCACUGAGAUGUGUGAGGAACUGGAAGCCUGUGGCAGAGCGGGGGCAGAGGCAGGGCUGCUCUACGUGCUGAAUUGCCUUGGGAAUAUCACCAUUUCCAUGGGGUUAAGUGGGAAGGGAGCACAACGGGAUGUCCCAUGUGGAUUUGCUGGUGCAUUCGGUGCUGGGGCUGCACCUGGAUGAGUCAUUGUUGGGUUUUACAGAUAAUUUGAUAGGAGGAAAAAUUGCUCUUGUCCCUUCUCCUCUGUGCCAGUGAGUGCCCAGCAGGGAGACGUGGCACAGCCCCGCUGCUGCCAUCAGCUUUGUCUGCGGUGGCUCUUCCCAAGAGACAGAUUUCCCUCCCUGGCAGUCCCACUCCAGCCAAGUUGGGUUUUCCUCCCAGUCCGCAUUCCUAUCCCUGUAACCCCAGCUGUGCCCUGGGGUUUGUCUGCAGGUGCCACGGUGGAAGGGGUGAGCUGAGAGCCACCAAGGGAUGGAACACCUCCCCCGUGCGGGAGGCUGAGAGAGGCUGCGAGGCAGCCGAGGUCAGGCUGGACAGGGCUCUGAGCACCGCCGGAGCUGCGGGCGUCCCUGUUCGCUGCAGGGAGAUGGACCAGACGGCUUUCAGGGGUCUCUUCCAACUCAAACGGUGCAAUGACAGCCCAGCAGCCGAUGGGGCAUCCCGCGUUGCUCCCCGCAGCCCUGAUGGAGCGCUCAGCUGGGACUUGUGCUGCCCUCUGCAGUCCCGCACAGCCCGGAGCAGCUCUGUACCAUAACGCUAGGAAGGUGUUCUGCUAUUCGUUAUAAGUCUGAGGUGUAUAAAGUUCUCACAAACUGUGUUUUACUUCCAGAAUAAAAAAAAGAAAAA